GUAGUCAUGGACGCGUUGUAAGAAGUCUUGAAAUCCGCUGUCUAGUAGUAUUGAAAGUUUAGGAUAGGAGAUCUUUCAUCAACAUUUUGUUUCUUCCAAGCAGAGACUUUGAAGUCCACACUAAAAGUUAAAGUCAUGAAUCGACCACCAUCAGGCGGAGCUCGAAGGCCAACUACAGGUGCUCGACCCAACAGCUCCUUACUGAGACAAGCCCCACCUGGAACUGCAAUGAGAAUGCCUCAAGGAACGGGGGCCCCAGGUACUGCAAGGCCAGGAACAAGGGGAGGAGCUGCAGGUGCAGGAGUGGGAGUCCUUGAUGCCAAGCUAAGCGUGACUGAUCGACCUACCACACAACAAGGUCUUGGAGGAAUGAGGACUGGUAAAAAAGGGCCACAACGUGUUGUAAUGGACAAGUCGUAUUUCAUUGGAAUGCUUCGCACCAAGCUCAAUGAGCUUCAGAUUGAGAACAACAAGCUUCAAGGAAGUAUCGACACAGCUAACGAUGAGAAUAACAGCUAUUUGUCUUAUGAAAAACGAGCGGAGAGUCUUGCAAAUGAAGUCAAGGAGCUUCAAGGUCAACUUGGUGAUUACAAUACCCUGGUGGAUAAAAUAAACACUGAUACUGCGAUGGAAGAUGUGCUUGAGGAUCAUAAAGACCUUAAGAUUCAGAAUGAUACGGAAGCUAAGAAUAUCGACAAGAUCUUUACCCAAAGACAGGAUGUUGAGCAGACUAUUCAUCAAAUAGAGCAAGAGAUUCAACAAUGUCGUAGGAUGGCGGAUACAUUGAUUGAUGAUAUGAAUCCACAGAUGCGGAAGAAAUAUGGGGCAUUGAAACAGACGAAUGAAUCUCUGGCAAAAGAAUUAGAGGCGAGACAACAGGAGCUGGAUGCAUUAAGCACAAAGAAAGAUAAUCUGGAAGAUGAUCUAUCCCACUCUCAGAUAAAGCAAGAAGCAGUGCGUCUUUAUGAGCAAUUGCACGAGUUGGAAGAGAAGAAAGCUCAAUUAAUCGCCGAGGAUCAGACGAGAGGGACGCCCACGGAAGAAAGAGAACGCCUCUUGAAACAAGUCAAAGAAGAUAACCAAGAAAUAGCGGGCAUGGACAGACAAAUUCAGGAAUACAGAGACCAAAUCAGUACUUUGACCGACGAAAUACAACAGCUGGAUUUGGAUCUUGAGGAACAUCAAGGUGAGAAGAACAUGAAAUACAAGGAGCUGAAGAAGAGAGAGGAGACUAUGACAGAAUUCUUGGACACAUUUGAAGAGACCAAGGCACAGGAAAGUGAACACAAGUCAAAUCUGGAAGAGAACAUAGUUGCUAUCUUAUCCCACAUGAGCAGGAACCUGAGUCGUACAAAGCACAUGCCAAGCCCACAUGAACUGUCGCGUAUGCAGGAUGAUCUGAAUUUCAAGCAAACUGAGAUGCAUAAAUCGGAAGCGACAGCAUCUACUCUGGCUGGAGAGAGCACACGUCUCCAGCUUGAUUUCCAGAAGGUGGAGCAACUAGAAGCAAAAAUCAAUUCAGAGUUGGACACCUUGAAGGCCAAGAUCAGCGCAAUGGAGGAGGAACUUGUGGUUUACUCCGAUCUGAAUAAACUGAGAUCCGAGUCUGAUCAAAGGAAACAGAAACUUCAGGAAGAAAAGAUUACCCUCACCACAAGACGGGACACUUUCAAGAGAGCUGUUCAAGAACUGUCUUCUCACUACGAAGCCAUGAAGACACAGCUGAAUGAGAAUGAGACACACGCCCAACUCGGCAAUCUGGAACGGAAAUGGCAACAUCAUGAACAAAACAACUUUGUCAUGAAAGAGUUCAUUGCUGCCAAGAGCAUGGAGAGUGACUACCGCCCUCUAGUGGCAACUGUCAAGAAUCAAAUCAAUGAGUACAACAAGUUGCUACAAGGCAGCCUGACGAGAGGAUCCCAACGAUGAUGUCAGAGUGUGUCUUAAAGAUGGUGUCUUAAGAACAUUCAAGGUCACUGCCUUCUUCAAAUACUUUGGAUGUGUUCAACUCUAUUCAAAGGCACUGCCGUCAAUUUCACCAAACUCUUCCUAACUUAGGAAUAAUCCUAACUCGAGAUAGGAUUCAUCU